AUGGCCCCAAACUAUGGCCCUGGCGCCCUGGCCCAGCAUGGCCAGCAGGCGCCAUUGAACCCGACCUCCAUGAGCAGGUGGUCCGUCUCUGCAAACCAGCUGCCCCCCGUUGAAGAGAUCAGGUCGCUACACGUCUACGAUUUCGACAACACACUGUUCAAGACCCCCUUACCCAACCAGAAGCUAUGGAAUGGAAUGACAAUAGGUCUCCUCUCCAAUCAGGACGCCUUCGCCAACGGCGGAUGGUGGCACGACUCGCGCAUCCUCGAGGCAACAGGCGAGGGCAUCGAGAAGGAGGAGCCGCGCGCCUGGGACGGCUGGUGGAACGAGAAGAUUGUGGAGCUCGUGAAGCUGAGCAUAAGGCAGAAGGACGCGCUGUGCGUGCUGCUGACGGGCCGGUCCGAGUCUGGCUUUGGCGAGUUGGUCAAGCGCAUCGCCGCGUCGAGAGGUCUGGAUUUCGAUAUGGUUUCGCUCAAGCCCGCCGUCGGCCCCAACAACGAGCGGUUCAACUCCACAAUGCACUUCAAGCAGGUCUUCCUGCGGAAUCUCAUGGAGACGUAUAAGACCGCCGAAGAGAUCAGGAUCUACGAGGACCGUGUGAAGCACGUCAGGGACUUCCGGGACUUCUUUCAGGAGUACAACAAGAGACUGCAGAUCGCUGGGCCGGGGGCUGCGAGGAGCCCCAUACUCGCCGAGGUCAUCGAGGUCGCAGAUAUGUCCACGAAUCUCGAUCCGGUGGUGGAGAUUGCCGAGGUGCAGAAGCUGAUCAAUGACCACAACGACACAGCGAUGAGCCGGACGAAGGCGCGCGAGAAGCUAGUCAUGAAGAAGACGGUCUUCUUCACGGGGUACAUGAUCGAUCAGGCAGAUACCAAGAGGCUGCUUACUCUGGCGCAGAUCCCCCUGGGAGUGCCGGCCCAGGACCUGAAAUACCACGCCAACAACAUCAUGAUCUGCCCGCGGCCUUGUCCGGCUAGCAUUCUGGAGAAGGUAGGCGGUAUGGGCAGCAAGAUGAAGUGGGUGGUCACAGGGACAGCCUGCCAUGAGAAUAGCAUAUGGGCUGCGUGCUUGAGGCCUGUGCCCAGCACCGCAAAAUUCCAUACCGACAAUCCCAGCCCGCUCGUGGUCCUAGCACUGCGAAAAGGCGCCAAACCCAUUGAUGCUGCCAAGAUCAAGAACUGGCAACCUGUGCCGCCCGACAAGGCCUUCGAGUUCGAGACGACCGUCAACGAGAAGGUGCUUUUGAGGAUCGAGCCCGAGGACCCUAGUGAGAAUGCCUACGAGAGCCUGUUCCCCAAUAAGACAUCCAAGAGGAAGUACGCCGGCGACGAUUCUCCAAGUGACCGGGGAGGCGGCCACUUCAACCAACGCAGGGAGCAUUUCAACAACAACAACAACAACAAUAACAACAACCACGGCGGUGGAAAAGGCCGAACGGCAUUCGGCCAAUUCCGUGGCGGUGGCGGCGGCUAUCGCGGGGGACAGGGUCCCAAGGGCGGACGGGGCGGUGCACGCGGCCGCGGAGGUCGCGGAGGGCGAGGUAACCACUACCGCUCCCUGGACGACGUCGGCACGCGCGAAUUCAGUGUCGGAGUUCCAACCAUCCAUGGAGAUGAGAACAAGGAGAGCGAACCCCAACAACAACAAUCUCCCAUCGAAAUCCCCCAUGAGGGCAACAGGGACACCAAUAUCCUGACCGCGGUCAAGGUGACUCGUGUAGAGCGCGUCGAGGUCAUAGACUCCAGUGCCGCUCGGCCUGCCUUGCCCCUUGCCCCGCCCUCGCGAUACCCGAAGGCCCCGUGGAGCCGUGCUUCCUGGGCGUCCAGACACGUCGACAACAUGCUCGACAACGUCCCCGAGGCGGCGGACCUGCUGGGCUUCUACUGA